AAGGCUAAAACUAGCAGACGUGUUUACAGAAGAACACGGAGGGUCAUGGUGGACUGCUAGAAAAAUGUUUGCCCUUAGCAGUAGUCGAGUGUUUCACUUAGCCCUGUCCAGGCAUGCAGUCACGCCUAACAUUACAGGUUGGUGUCUCAGAAGUAUGGCCACCAUUCAACAAGAGGCCAAAAUAAAUGAUAUGCCCAUCAAAAUGGAAAAUCCAUUUAAACAGCCUCAGAAAGGAUGUAUUCUUUGCAACGUGUCAAUAGAUUACAAAAAUGUCCAGCUGUUAUCGCAGUUCAUCUCACCACACACAGGCAGAAUAUAUGGCAGGCACAUAACAGGCUUGUGUGGUCGGAAACAAAGAGAGGUCACCAGAGCAAUCAAGAGGGCUCGAUCAAUGGGUUUCAUGUCAGUUAUGCUGAAGGACCCACAGUUUAUGAAAGAUCCCAACGUUUGUUCCAUCAGACACUUGGAUUAGCUUAAGUCCCGACUAAAGGAAGAUGUGAAGAUUAUACCUUUUUGAUAAAUGUAAUAAAAAUCUGACCAACCAUGCUAACCCUUUUA